AUGGACGCCAGCCGGAGAGUCAGAGCAACCUCUGUCCUUCCCACAUUUGGUCCAUCAUGCCUAUUUAAAGGACACUUGAGCACCAAAAGUAACGCUUUUUGCACUGACUCCUCCUCUCUCAGACUAAGUACCCUCCAACUGGUCAAGAAUCACAUGGCUGUUCACUAUAAUAAAAUCCUUUCAGCCAAAGCUGCAGUAGACUGCUCAGUUCCACUAAGCAUGAGUGCCAGCAUCAAAUAUGCAGACCAGCAACGAAGAGAGAAACUCAAAAAGGAAUUAGCAAGGUGUGGAAGGGAGUUGAAAUUUACUAAGAUUACAGUGCAUUCUAAAAGUCAUUGCAAAUCGUUACUUAACCCUCUACAAAAGCCUUCAGGAGAACCACAGAAUGAAAACGGCUUAUUAAUCGAAGAAGUGAAUGAAUUUCCAUCUUUUACACGGUCACCAGUAACUUCUUCCGAGAGACUAAGUCUACCUAAGUCUCAGAAGGUCCCCACGGAUUAUACUGAGAACUCCAGCGGCUCCAUGUCCAGCAUGGAUUACGCUGCCUCUGGGUCCAAGAAACCGUCCUCUGGAACCUCCUACGGCAGAGGGCCCAGGGGCACAUUCCCCGUUUCCCAGAAGUUUCAGUUAGUAAUUUCAAAAGCACCCAAUGGGGACCUUUUGGACAAACAUUCUGAACACUUUUCUAACAGACAUUUGCCAUUCACCCCACGCACUUUAAAAACAGAAGCCAAAUCUUUCCUGUCACAGUAUCGAUAUUACACACCUGCCAAAAGAAAAAAGAAUUGUACCGAUCGGCGGAUAGAAGCUGAAACUCAGACUGAAUUAAGCAGCUUUAAAUCUGAUUUUGAGACAGUUGAGAUCAAGAAUGCCACAGAUUCAGAAAUGAACAUAAGACAGGCAUCUGGCUGUGUGUCAUGUGGAACCAAAGGAGGAAUAACCCCUUUACCUUUACAAGGGCGUGAGCUAUUAUGGGACAGGAUCAAAGACGGCGCCCUCCAGUGUUCCUCGUCAAGGGCAGUAUGUCAAUAUUCGCUGCAGCCUCCUUCAGGGAGAAAGGCGUAUUCUGAUGAAGAAGAACUGUUGUAUCUGAGUUUCAUUGAAGAUGUAACAGAUGAAAUUUUGAAACUUGGUUUAUUUUCAAACAGGUUUCUGGAACAACUGUUUGAGAGACAUAUAAAACAAAAUAAACAUCAUUUGGAGGAGGAAAAAAUGCGCCAGCUGCUACAUGUCUUAAAGGUGGACUUAGGCUGCACGUCCAAGGAAAACUCAGUAAAGCUAGACGUCAUGGAUACGUUGCAUUUACGUGAUGUUGAAAAGGCUGAGAAUUCAGAACAAAGUGAAUAUAAAAGUGAACAAGAUUUAAUCAUUCAACAGGAACGCCAGGAAUACCAAAAAGCUUUGAAUAUGUUAUUGACUAUACCGAAGGAAGAGAAUGAGAUCGUCUCUUCGAAUGAAUUUUUCCUCCCGAUCUAUAAAUCAAAGUAUUCAGAAGGGGUUAUCAUUCAACAGGUGAAUGAGGAAACAAAUCUUGGAACUUCAGCCUGGGAUGAGAAAAAUGCAAGCAUGUCAGACAGUUUGCUAGACCAGGAGACCUCCGUGAGCGUCAUCGAAGGCGACAGCGACGCUGAGAAGGCCGAGGCGCCCACGGAGCCGCACUGCCUCAGCACGGAGCUCGUGCCUUCGCAGCUGUGCGGAGCCCGAGAGCGGCAGGAGGUGGACGGACCAGCCUGA